GCGGGGCGGGGCCCCCGAGGGCUUGCAGCGGGCUACUGUUUGCCGUAUCCUCCUGGCGCGCCCCCGCGGGCCCCCUCCCGCCCGGCGCGCGACCCCGCCGCUUCGAAUGUUGUGAAUCAAAUGUGGGGUUUGUUACAUUCCGUUGCCGCCGGGGACAGUUCUUAAAGGGCCAGCCGCCGGCUGCCGCGCAGACCCAGCUGCGUCCUGCGCCGCCUCCCGCUCCCUGAGGGCCUGGGCCGAGAGAGACUGACCGCGUGUGGGCCUCGCGAGGCAGACGCCGUCGGGCGGACAACAAAGAGAAAGGCCCCGGAAGGAGCCGGGCUGCCCCCGGACCCGGGGGUGGGGAGGGGAGCACAUUGUUUCGCAGGGCGGCAGCUCUUAAAGGGUCCAGGCAGGGCCCCCCCCCCCCCCCCCCCCCCCCCCCUUUGGCCGUCUUAGAUCGGAAACAAAGGAGUCAACGUGUGGCCGGGCGGCCAAAGGGUUGUGAGUCCCGGCCCAGCCCCUCCACCCCCCUGCCCCCCUGAUGCGACCAUGGGCUCUGGCAGUGACUAGGUGGCCACCCUCUGCCCCCGUGGGUCAGCGGCGAUUCUCUGCGGGACCCGGCAGCACCCCGGGCCAGCUCUGGGGAAGCCCCGGCCUCGAGGGUCCCCUGGCCAGCCCACCUGCCCGGGAUGAGCGCUUACCCUCCCAGCAGCCGCCGUCCCGACCUCCACACCUCCCCAUAGAGGAGCGCCGAGCCUCGGCUCCUGCCGGCGGGAGCCCCCGAAUGCUGCACCCAGCCACCCAGCAGAGCCCGUUCAUGGUUGAUCUCCACGAGCAGGUGCACCAGGGACCUGUCCCUCUGUCCUACACGGUCACCACAGUGACGACCCAAGGCUUCCCCUUGCCUACAGGCCAACACAUCCCUGGCUGCAGUGCCCAGCAGCUCCCAGCAUGCUCCGUGAUGUUCAGCGGGCAGCACUACCCCCUCUGCUGCCUCCCGCCCCCGCUUAUCCAGGCGUGCACCAUGCAGCAGCUGCCUGUGCCCUAUCAGGCCUACCCCCACCUCAUCUCCAGUGACCACUACAUCCUGCAUCCCCCACCGCCGGCCCCACCCCCGCAGCCCAGCCCCAUGGCGCCCCUGGGGCAGUUUGUGUCUCUGCAGGCCCAGCACCCGCGGAUGCCCCUACAGCGGCUCGACAAUGACGUGGACCUGCGUGGGGACCAGCACUCCCUGGGUAGCUUCACCUACUCCACCUCUGCGCCUGGCCCAGCCCUUUCCCCAUCGGUGCCCCUGCACUACCUGCCCCACGACCCGCUGCACCAGGAGCUGUCCUUUGGUGUGCCAUAUGCUCACAUGAUGCCGCGGAGACUGAGCACCCAGAGAUACCGCCUGCAGCAGCCACUGCCCCCGCCGCCCCCGCCACCACCCCCACCACCCUACUACCCCAGCUUCCUGCCCUACUUCCUCUCGAUGCUGCCAAUGUCACCAACAGCAAUGGGGCCCACCAUCAGCCUGGAUCUGGACGUGGAUGACGUGGAGAUGGAGAACUAUGAGGCCCUCCUGAACCUGGCCGAGCGGUUGGGAGAUGCCAAGCCCCGGGGCCUCACCAAAGCAGACAUAGAGCAGCUCCCGUCAUACCGCUUUAACCCGGACAGCCAUCAGUCAGAGCAGACACUGUGUGUGGUCUGCUUCAGUGACUUCGAGACGCGGCAGCUGCUCCGAGUCCUGCCCUGCAACCAUGAGUUCCACACCAAGUGUGUUGACAAGUGGCUGAAGGCCAACCGGACGUGUCCCAUCUGCCGGGCCGACGCCUCCGAGGUGCCCAGGGAGGCUGAGUGAGGCCACACAGCCGCCCGGGAGAACCCUGCGUGAAGCUCUGGAAACUUGGGGGUAGGGCCCAGGGAGGAUGGGGAGGGAGUGGCCCUGGCCUGCCCCAUCGCUCCCGCCUGUAUCUCCAGAGCUGGUGCCAGGGUCAGCCCAGCGAGGAGUCCCUGCAAUAAGCCCCUGCAUUUGCCAAGCUCCAAAGACUCCCUCCCUAGUCUGCCUGCCCGUCCGCCCGCCACGGAGCUGCCUGAGUGUCCCUAAUCUGGUCUCCCUCCUGUGCGCCCUCGGGUCCCUCCUUUUCAUGCUGGCACUGAGAGCCAGGGGUCCACUCCCCCGCUGCGGCUGGUGGAGAUCCUUGGCCCCAGGAUGGGCAGACAGCACCAUCCUGGGUUAGAAGGUCUCGUGCUCUGAAAUGGUGUGCUCUCUGCCCAGGUGGCACUGCCAGGUGCAUAGACUGACGGUGUCACAAGGCCAUUUCCUGAGCCCCAGAGCUGAAUCCUCCCCCCUUGACCCCAAACAGUGAACUCAGGCAGCCGGCUCUGCGUUGGCUGCUGUUGAGGGCUGAGUCUGGCUCCCUAGGGGACCCUCAUCCCAGGCACAACAUUCCAGCCCUACCCUCAGGCUGGAGAGUGUCCCAGCCUAGCCCCGAGCUGGGGCACAUGUAUCCUGAGGGGCCUGGGCCAUACGGGGAGAGGGAGUCCUGUGUUCCCGGUGGCUGUCCCUCCCAGGGAUGCAGCCAGACCCGUGCCCAGUCUCCUCUCCCUCUGUUGUUUUGCAUGAACGUGAGGAGCAGCAGAAUUUGUUUAUUCAUUUGGCCCAAAAUCGCGUGUAGGAUUUGGGGAUGUGGAUAUUUAAGACAAUUUAUGUUUUCUUUUGGUUUAAUACGGGCGAGUAUAGGGACCAACUGGGACCGAGUGCCCAGGGGGGCCGAGCACGGUCGUGCUGGCCAGCCUGCAUGCAUGUGUGUGCCCGGCCGGGCCAGGCCGGGCUGGGCUGGGUGGCCGGCGGUCGUGGGGCAGGGUUGGGGGUCUGUGCUCAGCUGAUAACUGCCAUGCACUGUACUGCACACGUCCCUAGAGCCUACCGGGACCCGACGCUUUUCAGGGCAUUUCUCCCUCCAGCCGGGGCCCGUCUCCCACCUGCCUGGGCGAGUCUCCUCCAGGGAAGUCCCAGGAGAAUGGGGACCAGGAAGGCCGUGGACCCCCAUCUCCAGGGGGCCCUCCCAACCUGUUCCCUGUCCUCUGAGCCCUGGAGGAGGCCGCUGUAGGGUCUGGCUGAGCUUCCCACCCUCUUUCCCUGGUCCCAAUCCUUUCUUGUCCUACACCCAGCCGGGGUUGCUGCCCUGAACGAACUGCGUGUGGGGCCGGCACAUCCUAGCAGGCAGCCCCUGGCGCCUGCUGCCUCAGGGAUGCUCCAACCACCCUCGUUCUCCGGCAGCGGCCCUGGCUCCCAGCUCCCGCCCCAGCCUGCCGUGGGGCCCGCCAGCCUGGUCCCACCCCCAUGGAGAACCCAAAGUCUUACUGUAUAUAACUCCAGGUGACGUUUCUAUAUUUAUAGCAGUGUUGAAAACCCACGUGUUUUACACAGAACCACCCUCUCCAACCCUCCCCUUCCCGACCCCAACAAAAGGUUCUCAAACCCCUUACGGUUCCUGGGGCAGGCGGAAACAGGCUCGCAGGCCGUGUGUCGGCUGCAGCAGUGAUUCCAACAAGCAGCUGUUGGGGGGGAACACAGCAUUUAAAAAAUCAUCAUUAAAACCAAGAUUUAUACAACAAUUACUUAGGAUGUUUGUGAUUUGCCGACCUUGCUGUAGAUGCCAUGUUACCAAUGAUUUCCUGUGGUGGGGGCUUGCCAUUGUUUACUUUUUUAUUUACCAACUUCUGGCCUAGGCAUGACAGUGGGCACCUUCCCCCAGCCCCGGCUGGGCCCAGCGCCUGUGUUCUGUGUUAGAAAGGUUUUAUAUAUAUAUAAAAUUACAUAUAUAUGUAGAAAUAUAUGUAAUUUUGGGGGCCCUGUUCCUUGCACAUUUUACAGUUACCUCAUUUUUCCCAUGUAUGUAUUUGAGAAAAUGCUAAUAUAUAGAGAAAAAUGGUUCUUAAAGCUUAAAUGUGUGGUUUUUUCCAUUCCAUGGGAUUCACAUUGGUUUGUAGCAUUUAACAUAACUAGUAUGUUGUAUUAUAUAUAUGUGUAUACUGAUUGAAAUUUUUAACAGAUUUGUACUUUUUUUAAAAUGAAAGUUGCUAGUUCUGCUUGACCAAGUAGUGCAAUCAUUAUUUUUUUUAAUAUUGUUGCUGAUUUCAGAGGGAUAUUCACUAAUAAAUGUAUGAUGUAUACCAACGACCGCC